AACUUGUUAAACAGACAGCUCUUGCCUGAGACUUCAAAUGAAACAAGAUUUUCUCUUGUGAGAGUGAUCGGCUGCGGCUCUGUGUGCAGUGAUGGGCAGCGUGUACUUGCAGAAGGAGUUCAGGAGCAAGAAGAGAGAAGUCUUUGAAGAUAUACUUGAGGAACGUCGGCAGUCUAGUGACCUCAAAUAUGCUAUGAAAUGCUACACACCGGUGAUCUAUAGGAACUUGACUCCUUGUACUCCAAAUGGGCUCAAGACUAGUGUCUUACAGUCCUUUGAGCUGCAAUAUGUCAUCAGACAGAUAUCAUUAGAAUCUGGGGAGUCAUGUGAAGUCAUUCAGGAACAGGCAGCUGAGAUUCUGGAUGAAAUGGGUCACAAUUUAAGGAUGGGAGCCAUCCGUUUGUUUGCCAUGAGCUUAAGUAAGAUCUUCAAGCGACUCUUCCAGAAAGUAUGUGUCAAUGAGGAAGGCAUACAGAGGUUGACUCAAGCCAUUCAAGAACAUCCAGUUGUGCUGCUUCCCAGUCACCGAAGCUACAUUGACUUUCUGUUGAUGUCUUAUGUUCUGUACUCGUAUGACCUAGCACUUCCGGUCAUCGCUUCAGGAAUGGACUUCAUGGGCAUGAAAAUUGUAGGUGAGUUGCUGCGCAUGUCUGGAGCAUUUUAUAUGAGAAGAACGUUUCGAGGGAACCAACUGUAUUGGGCAGUCUUUGCUGAAUAUGUAAAGACUCUGCUGCGGAAUGGAUAUGCUCCAGUGGAAUUCUUUGUUGAAGGGCAGAGGAGCAGAACAUGCAAGACAUUAAGUCCUAAGUUUGGUCUGUUAAAUGUUGCCAUGGAGCCGUUUUUCAAAGGUGAAGUGUUUGACACAUACAUUGUACCAAUCAGUAUUAAUUAUGAAAGGGUGCUGGAAGAAUCUCUUUAUGCAUUUGAACUUCUUGGCGUGCCAAAACCCAAAGAGUCUACAUCAGGAUUGAUAAAAGCAAGAAGAAUUCUAAAUGAAAACUUUGGAAACAUCCACAUUUACUUUGGACAGCCUUUAUCAUUACGAUCGUUGUCUUCUGGGAUAAUAAACCGUGCCCAAUUUAAUUUAAAGCCCAGACACCUUCCCCAGCGACCACCUGAAGAUGUGCAAUCAUUUGUCCGUGAUGUGGCUUAUAAAGUAGAACUUAACCAAAUUGCAAACAUGGUUCUUGGCCCUGGAGUUUUGAUAGCAACCAUUUUGCUGCAGAAUUUACCAGAGAUGGAUUUUAAUGUCUUAGUUGAAAAGACUCUUUGGCUGAAAGAUUUAAUAGAGACCUUUGGAGGGUUCCUGGAAUGGCCUGAUAAUCUGUCUGCCAGCAGAGUGGUUCGGUCCGGCAUUGAUCUUCAUUCAAACAUUUUCAGUCUUGUUGAUGGCCAUGUGACUUUGCUUGAGCACAAGCACAAAGGUUUACUGACAGAAGAGAUAGUCUUUAAACAAGCAGUGUCUUUACUCAUGUGUGCCUUCUAUAGGAACCAAAUGAUUAAUGUGUGUGUCCGCCCUGCACUGGUGAUUCUAGCUUGUGAAAUGGUGCAGAGUUCCACAAGAGAAGAAAUUUUCCAAUCCUUUAGCUUCUUAAGGCGUGUUUUUUCAAAGGAGUUCAUCUUCUUUCCUGGCUCUGAAGACAAGGAUUUUGAAGAAGGUUGCUUUAUAUUGACUAAAUGUGACAUCAUUCACGCAACGCCAAAUGAAAUCAUGUUAACCGACAAAGGAACUAUUGCUGCUUUGUUUCUAGCAAAAAUGUUCCAGCCGUUUUUGGAAGGUUAUAAGUUAGCCUGCACAUAUCUUUUAGGAGAAGUUACUAAUGCUUUCACAGAAAAGCAAUACAUAUCUGGAGUGAGGAGUUUUAUUUCUCAUCAAAUUGUGUCAGGAACCAGCACAUGCUAUGAAGCUUUAUCUUCUGAUAUGCAAAAAAAUAUACUGUCCUCUUUUGUACAGCUUGAAGUUUUAUGUAAUAUGAAAUCAGUCAGUGAAGCAAAUUUCUGUGUAGAGAGGAGAACUCUGAAGGAAACAGCACAAAAACUUGGAGUGCAAAUAUUUACAGAGAAGUUUCCAUCAGCACGGCUUUGAGCAUUAUCAGACGGUUAUGGCCAACAAUGUGUUACUAGUUGCUAAAUACUGUGUCUGUUGUUGCCGAGAAACCUUAGAAAUCUCAAAGGAAGAUGAACAAACCAAUUAAUUCAAUUACAAAAAUACUGUUUAUUGUACUCUAUGUAAAAUAACUGAAGUGUUAUAACAGAAGAUCAAACAUUAAUACAAGGUUUACUGGGGUUAUGCUAUAUAUAUACUAUAGCCCAUUUGCUGCCAAUGGAAAAUGGAGAGUUUUUGCCUAAAAGGGAUUUGCUGCUGAAGUGAAGAACAAGGAGCUCUAAAAACCAACUAAUACACAAGGUACUGAGAUGUAGUAAAUUCCAUUUAGUGGUAGACUGGAUAUGGAGGUUUACUGAUCACUUAACAAGUGCUGCAAAAAUACUAACAAACUCCUGCUGGAAUUAAUAUUUAGGGCAUCAUUUUUUUUUUUAAACAUUUCUAUUAAAGUUCACAAGCCGUGUUUCCUCUUAUGCCAAAACGCUAAAUUCUGGCAUUUAUAGUUUAGGUUUUAAUUACAGUAUAGGGACAGGUAACAUUAUGAAUUCUAAAAGACAUUAUAAACCAAAAAUGAUCCACGAUCCAAUAUAAAAGCAUUGGUCUUUCAUUGGAGGUGAAGUCAUCCUGUUUUCUUUUUCGUUGGUUGCAACUAAUUACAUUUUGUUAAUUCAAUUAUUGUAUAAUUAUCAUUUAGAAGGCAUCUUGGCUUAUCCAGGUUGACCAGUGUCCAAUCUCUAGAUCUGUCACUAUCUCAAUUUUGGGACCAUGCAGCUGACCACUUAGUUAAACUGAGUUUUGGAGUGGCAGUAUUUUCUGGUUACUGGAAUGUACCCUACUGUAGAAUUCAGCUUUAAUAAGCUCUGUUGUAUGGAUCAGACCAAUGUCAAUUGCACUGAGCACUCACAUGGCACCUUCACUGAAGUCCAGCCACUCCUACUGUAUAUAAAGUGGCUGAUAACCAGUGUAAGGAUGAUAGACCUAUUUUUCUGUUCUCUACACAAACAGAUCAGCUCUGGGGCUCCCAUUAAUUUCAGCAAGCUUCACAUGGCCUGGAAUUUUUUAUGUGUUUCCCUGAUUAAGAUAAUAAAAGUUUUUUUUCCACAACUAAGGCAUAUUGAAAGUUAUACAUGUGUUAAUUGCAAUACUGGUAAUUGCCUCUUGAGAUUUCUGUAAAUAGAUGUCUCUGUUAUUGCUCUGUAGUAAAGGUGCCCAAAUUAAUGUUCAGUUCGAUAAAAACAACAUGCACUUUUGAGAAGGGAUCCAAAAUAGCAAAUAUAAAAUUAUUAGUAGAAAUGUUACUGUUAAUCCUGACCUGCUGUAGCUUUACUAGAUUUUUAUCAGUUGAUAAAGCUUUGUGUGACCUUUU